AUGGCAGCUGUCGAACUCGUUACGCAAGGGACGGCCUAUGGCCUCCUUAUCGGCCUUGGUGUGUUCUUCUGCGGGGUGAUUCUUAUCGCAAUCAAGGUGCAGAAAGUGUAUCUGUCUGAGGAUUCUGGCACGUCGGAGAUGUUCAUGGUCGCAAAUCGAUCAGUCGGUACGGGUUUGACUGCAUCUGCUGUGUUCUCCUCGUGGAUGUGGAUCAACGAGACGGUGUUAUCUGCGGCGAUGUGCUAUCGCUAUGGAUUGGCAGUUCCGCUGUGGUGGGGAUCAGGUCUUUGUUUUCAGAUCGCCUUGAUGGCUGCUUUGGGUGUCAUGGCCAAAAUCCGGGUCCCGUAUGCCCAUACGUCGCUUGAGAUUACUCGUAUGCGAUAUGGCUGGAUCGGGCAUGUUAUUUACAUGGUCUUGAACUUGACGAACAACGUGUUUGGCUGUGCCUCGAUGAUCUUGACCGGAUCCCAGCUUAUUAACGGUGUUUCCGGCAUGAACUUCGUUGCUGCGACCAUUCUGAUUCCCCUAGGAGUUGUUCUUUACACGGCUGUUGGGGGGCUGAAGGCGACGUUUCUGACCGACUUUCUGCACACCGCAGUCGCCUUAAUUCUGAUCAUUUAUUUUACCCUCUCCGUCCUCACACAUCCCGAAGUUGGCGGAUUGGCUGGACUUUACGACAAGGUUGUCGCAACUGCGAGCGAAAAUUACAUCUCCGGGAACUUUGAGGGAUCGCUGCUCACAAUGAAAUCGAAAGGCGCCAUUAUUUGGGGCUUGAUCUUGAAAUUCGGUAAUCUAGCUCUGGUAGUUAUGGACACUGCGUUUUGGCAAAAGUCCUUCGCCAGUGAAGUGAAUUCUACCGUACCGGCAUACAACUUGGCUGCCAUAGCUGUCUUUGGUAUUCCCUGGGGUUUAGGCACUGUUAUUGGCCUGACUGCUCGAGCGCUCCACCACACUCCCAUCUGGCCCACCUAUCCCGUUGAUAUCACGACAACUGAGGUCAGCAAAGGCAUGGUGAUGCCGUACCUAGUCAAAGCCCUUCUUGGAGAGUCUGGAAUGAUCGCCUUUUUCGUGCUAUUGUUCAUGGCAUUGACCAGCACCGUCUCAUCCUCAAUGAUCGCCGUCAGCAGUAUUCUGUCGUUUGAUAUGUACAAGACGUACAUCAACCCCCAAGCCAGUGAUCGCCGGCUCCUGGGAGUUAGUCACAUAACAGUCGUAUUCCAUGCCAUCUUUAUUACCGGAAUUUCCAUUGCUCUCAACUACGGGGGCGCCAAUAUGACGUGGAUCGGCUACUUUCGGCCUAUUCUGUCCUGUCCAGGGAUCAUUCCUCUCGGACUGACUCUGUUCUGGUCCCGCCAGACGCGCCUCGCCGCUAUCGCUUCGCCAGUGCUUGGCUUCUUUACUGGUCUCGCCAUUUGGCUCGCCACGGCCAAGUCAAUGUAUGGGGCCGUGAACAUGACCACGACUGGAGAAGAGCUGCCCGCACUGUACGGCGCUAUCGGCUCUUUCUUCUCGCCCGCUCUCUAUUCUGUGGUAAUUUCUCUAUACCGUCCGUACACGUUCGACUGGAGAGAGUUCCUCAGGAUCGAACUCGCUGAAGAAGCACCGACCAGAACCUCGCCGCCUGCAGCUCAAGAGACCAAGGUUGAAGGGGUCUAUAUCUCGACGGAUGCCAGCCCGACGUCAACCCCGAGCCGUCUCAGUUUAGACGACGUGCGCCACCCUUUCACAGAAGACACUCUGCGGAAGCUGCACCGAUGGUCAUGGAUCGCGUGGGCCAUGUUCGUGGUUUUGGUUUUGAUUACCUUUGUGCUCUGGCCAAUGCCGCUCUAUCGCGACUAUAUCUUCACCAAAUCAUUUUUCUCGGGGUGGACUACGGUCGCAAUCAUCUGGCAAUUCUGUGCCUUUUUCGCUGUUGUGGUUUAUCCACUGUACGACGGACGGUUCGAGAUUGCCAAGGGCGUACAAGGCGUAUUAACCUCAAGUCGUGAGCUCAUCAACCGGCACAAAAGUUAG